CACACACUAUUGAAGAUUCUUUCGGGCGUCUUUCUCGCCCUGACUCUUCUCAAUACUACAUUCCACAUUACCAGACAUCUUGGUCGAUACACCGUUCCAUGCCAGCAACGGCAAAUAAUCCGUAUAAUCCUAGUUCCCACCGUCUUUGCCAUCUUCUCUUUUCUCUCAGUAUUAUCUUAUGACGCAUCGAUAUAUUUGCGCCCAUUGGCUGAAAUCUAUGAAUCCAUCGGUAUUCCUGCUAUAUUCAUGCUCUACAUCUACUAUAUUUACCCCGAUAACCACUCCUGGCGGGAAAUCCUGGAUCAGUUUGAAGCUCAAGAUAAGAGAGGAGACUUCAUUGCGGGCACCAAUUUGGCUUGGUUCAAGCGCACCUGUGUCUCAGUUUUCCAGUAUCCACUAUCAAAGACCAUCUCUUCUAUUGUAGAGAUAGCCACACAAGGCGCUGGAGUGUACUGCAUCAACUCACUAGAACCACGCUACGCACACCUUUGGUGCGAGAUCAUCAACAUUGCGGCAAUUGUGCUGGCCGUACCGCACAUUGUUCGCUUUGAACGCCGAAUGAAGGAACAUAUUGAUACAAAGCACCAACCGGUAGCCAAGCUGUGGACCUUUAAAGGUUUCGUUUUCCUACAAUUUGUGCAGUUGAUCCUUUUUGGGCUGUUAAAUGGCCAGACCUUCAACCCAACGGCAUAUGUUACUUUUGACGAUCUGUAUUACGGUAUUCCCGCUACAAUCACUUGCAUAGAGGCAUGGAUAUUUACGGGCGUUUUCAUCUGGUCGUUUUCAUCGACAGAGUAUACCCCUGGCAGC